AUGCUGACAGAAUACAAAUCUACAAUUAAUAUUGCACUCAGGGAUGCGACUUUCCGCAGAACAACUGUUACUGCUACUGUCCUCAAUGAGUAUAGAGAUAUGAUAACAAACACAACCUCUGAUCUUGAAGAUCAUCUCCAGGAUGUUGAAAACAAACUUGACUCAUUCAUUCCAAAGGGAACCAAGAUGGAGCGCGAAGAUAGCAUGCAGUGA